GAAAAAUUCAUUUUCAUUUCUACGGCCAUUUGGAGCCACACACACAAACACGAAUACCUCUUUUUCAAUGAGAAUCAAAAUACUAAGGAAAGCAAAACCAAAAAUAACGACACACUUAUCAUAAUGGCUUCCUCCAUAACCAGACCUUCUUUCCCAUUCUUCACCCUCUCCGCCCAUUCUCCACCACCGCCGCGCCCACGGGGACUGCCCAUCAAAGCCCAAUCCCCAUUCGUCAAAUCUCUCCGCCGACCCAAAACCGUCGUCAAGUCCAUUGAUGUUUCCAAAGAAGACAAGCAGGAGCAGCCCGUUGCUCCACAAGAGGAGGAGCCGGAGCCGGAGCCUGAACUUGAGAAUAAAUUGGAUAAGAGACGGCUGGAGGAGAAGUUCGCGGUGGUGAACACGGGGGUAUAUGAAUGCAGAUCUUGUGGGUAUAAAUACGACCAGGCUGUUGGGGACCCUUCUUAUCCAAUCCCACCUGGGCUGCCCUUCGACAAGCUGCCCGACGACUGGAGAUGCCCGACUUGCGGGGCCUCGCAGAACUUCUUCGAGAGCAAGAGUAUGGAGAUUGCGGGCUUUGCGCAGAAUCAGCAGUUUGGAUUAGGUGGUAAUACGCUCACCUCUGGUCAGAAGGCUUUGCUUAUAUAUGGUGGAUUGUUCUUAGGCUUUGUGCUAUUCUUGUCUGGUUACUUUCUUCAAUGAUCAAAGUUCUUGGCUGUUUAUUCUACAUAUUAUGCAGUUUAUAUGUUUGUUAGAUGGUAUUCUUAUUGUAUAUUAAUGGAAAUGAGUGUUUGCUAACUACUUA